UGUUGUGUUUGUAGACAAAUCCCAAUUCUUAAAUAGGUGGAUGGAAAAGGAUUCUUCCAUGUAUGUUUUGGAGCCGAGGGAGUAGAAGUAAACCACGGUUCGGCUCCUAUGCUCCCAAAAGAGCACAUUAUACGUGCUCGAGUCAUAAAAUGUUUUGAAUUUGGUUGGUGAUCUAUUGACUCAACAUCCGCCAAUUCACGCGACAAUAUGUAAGUGCCCUUUCCUACAAAUUUUAUAAAUCUCUCUCUCUCUCUCUCUCUCUCUGGUUCUGAAGGUGGGCAGACGUUAAGGAGGAUGAUGGGGCUGGUCAAGAAUCUCACUCGUCAGCAACUCCAAUUCUUCGAUACUCACGGAUAUUUGGUAAUCGAGGGGUUCUCUGAUCCUGAAGAGGUCCAAUCCAUGAGGAAAAGGAUGGAUGAACUCCUCCAAAACUUCGAUUGCUCUAACGUUUCAAUCUUCUCUACGAAAAAGCAGACAAAUUUGACGGAUGAUUAUUUCUAUGAGAGUGCAGAAAAGAUUUCAUUUUUCUUUGAAGAGAAAGCCUUUGAUGAUGAUGGGAAGCUGAAACAGUCAAAGGAGCUUUCCAUCAACAAAGUUGGACAUGAUUUGCAUGGAUUGGAUCCUGUAUUUUCAAAAUUCUCUCACUCUGAGAAAGUAACCGGUUUGCUUUUGUCGCUGGGUUACAAGAGGCCAGUGAUUAUUCAAUCUAUGUAUAUUUUCAAGCAACCAGGAAUAGGAGGUGAAGUGGUACCACACCAGGAUAACUCAUUCCUCUACACUGAACCCUCAUCUUGCACAGGCUUGUGGUUGGCAUUGGAGGAUGCAACAACUAGUAACGGUUGCCUCUGGGCCCUCCCAGGAUCCCACAAGAAUGGUCUUGUGAGGAGGUUCAUCAGAGAUGAUAAUGGUGUUCAUUUCGAUAAACCAUCACCAUCCUAUGAUUAUAGUGAGUUUGUGCCGCUUGAAGUAAAAGCUGGCUCCUUUGUAAUCAUUCAUGGUGAUCUUAUACAUCAGAGUUUUGAAAACCGAUCCUCAAAAUCAAGACAUGCAUACAGCUUGCAUGCUGUGGAAACCGAUGGUUGCAUCUGGGUGCAGGACAACUGGCUUAGACGGAAAGUGGAUCCAGAACCUCUAUACAUUUCUUGACUUGCUGAAUAGCCAUGAAAGAAAGUUGCACUGAUGAUGAUCUUUUGUGAAACACUGUAUAUCCCCCCUCUCACUUUUAUUGCUUGUUAUGACAGCCACAAUGCCAAUUACUUGAGUUAUAGCUAAGACUACUAAGUUUUCCAUUGGUAAUAAAUUCUGGAUAUUUUGAUUGCAUUUUUUGUUAUGAUUUCA